AUGAUGCACGCGUGGCGUUCUUUAUCUCGCAGCCUCUUGGUGUUCACAAAUGUGCUAUUUCUGCUGCUAGGCUCGGUGCUUGUCUCCAUUGGAGCUUACAUGGCUUCAUUACCUGCACUAACGGAGUUUUCUGAUGGUGGAGUGGCCUCGUCGGUCAUCAUGUGUGGCUCGCUGAUUAUCCUGAUCGCGCUCUUGGGCUGCUGUGGCGCCCAAUGGGAGAGCAAAGUGUUUCUGUUCCCGUACGCGAUUCUGGUGCUCGUGUCGGUGAUUGCGCAGCUGUCGCUCGCGGGAUUUCUUACGCAUGUGCACAGCUCAUUGGUUGAAGUGGCCAAACACAACUUUGACCUGUCGGUGCUGGCCCCAGCAGAUCAGAAGACGUUGCGCUGGAUCAACAAGAGAUUCAAGUACGUGUAUUAUGGCUGCGGCCUCGAUGUCGAUAUCGACCUUACAGGCACCCGCAGUCACUCGCUCAUUACGUCGUGCUCAAACUCAGAGUUUGACUGGUUUGCGCCGUUUGUGGAGGAGAAUUGUCCCAUUGGACACGAGCAGCUGCAUGCUGGUAGCAAUUUCCUCAAGUGUGCUGGACCAAGCUUCUCGCUGAGAAACGCCAUGACGGAGCACACGAUGCUGUGUGCUUGUGAGACGCGUAUGAUCUCGUGGGUCAAUGACCAGUCUGUGCUCGUGGCCGUCUUCGUGUUUGUUAUCGUGUCGCUGGAGAUCAUGCUCGUGGCGUUGUCGUGCUACAUUAUCCACUCGCGUCGUCACCGCCGUUACGGCUACCAGGAGAUCACGAUGCCCGUGCGACAGCAGCCGUACAAUCCACACCCGCGAAACUACUUUGGCCAGCAGGCGGGGCAGCGCCAGCCGCUCAACACCCAGCCAGCGUACUCAUCAUACGGGCCAGCAAAGGGAGAAAACCCUUAUGCGGCUGCUGCCUCGGGUAGGAAGAAUAAUAAGUCUGGCUGCCAGUAG